AUGGUACAGAUUUUAUUUUCUAGUGCUCGUUCUCUUUUCCCCUUUCUCUCUCGUUCUCUUUUCCCCUUUCUCUCUUGUUCUCUUUUCCCCCUUCUCUCUCGUUCUCUUGCCUCCCGCCACAUCUCUCUCGUUCUCUUGCCUCCCGCCACAUCUCUCUCGUUCUCUUGCCUCCCGCCACAUCUCUCUCGUUCUCUUGCCUCCCGCCACAUCUCUCUUCUUCUCUUGCCUCCGCCACAUCUCUCUCGUUCUCUUGCCUCCCGCCACAUCUCUCUCGUUUUCUUGCCUCCCGCCACAUCUCUCUGCUCUUGCCUCCCCGCCACAUCUCUCUCGUUCUCUUGCCUCCCGCCACAUCUCUCUCGUUCUCUUGCCUCCCGCCACAUCUCUCUCGUUCUCUUGCCUCCCGCCACAUCUCUCUCGUUCUCUUGCCUCCCGCCACAUCUCUCUCGUUCUCUUGCCUCCCGCCACAUCUCUCUCGUUCUCUUGCCUCCCGCCACAUCUCUCUCGUUCUCUUGCCUCCCGCCACAUCUCUCUCAAGCAUUACUGAUAGAAUAG